AUGUCGAAUAAUUACACAAUAUCAACAACAUGUUCACUAACGGAGAGUGAUUUACUUGAUGAUACAUUUACACACAAAGUUUAUCUUGGUUUAACCCCAUUUAUUAUCUGUAUUGGAUUAUUGGGAAAUAUUCUUACUGUUUGUGUCUUUAUACUAACCGAUCUUAAAAAACAAUCUGUUUCAAUAAUAACAAUUGCUCUGGCUAUUGUGGAUUCAUUUGUUCUUCUUAUUCCUGUUUCGAUCCUCUGGCUGGAAAAACUCUUAAGACGGGACUUUACUGAUCUUUCACCCUUCUGGUGUCGUACACAUGGCUUUUUUGAUUUAGCGUUUACAUGCUGUUCAAGUUGGUUAAUGGUUUGCAUAGCAUUCGAACGUUUUUGUGCUGUUUGGUUACCUCACAACAACAAAACCAUUUUUACCCAUUCGCGAACACGUCGUCUCGUCCUAACCAUUGUCCUUCUCUCGACUCUUCUAUCCACAUGGUUCAUUUAUGCUGUUAAGAUGAUUGAAGUGCCACGUUUAACGGUGAGCAAUGGAUUUCUACCUGAAAAAAAUCAAACAUCGAUCGAUUAUUCAAAAUGUACGGUUUACGAUGAUAGUCUCUACGAUUCAAUGGGCAUGUUUUCCGUUAUAAUCAACUAUAUUCUACCAUUCGGACUCGUUUUACUGUUGAAUUCGACAGUUAUUUAUCGGCUAUGUCAACGUGGAAUGGUUGAACUAACAUCAUCAAUAACAGUUAUGUUAACGCUUGUUUGUUUAGUACAUUUGUUUUGUACACUACCAUUUCAAUGCUGGUGGAUUUACUACGAAAUUCCUGAUCGCACAGGGAAUUGUACAUGGUUAAAAACGAAAUUAAUCUGGCGAACGAUCACAUUCACGAUACGAAAUAUAAAUUACAUGGCGAACUUUUUUCUCUACUCGUGUUCGUCGAAGUUUUUUCGUGAUGAAUUGAAAGGAUUGAUCUUUCUAUGUUUGUUACCACACGAAAAAUAUCAAAAUUAUCAUUAUCGACGGCAAUCAUUAUAUGAUAACUUGCAACAACGUGUUUCAUUAACUCAAUUAGUCAUGAGACGCUUAAGUCGUGCAACGGAAUUGACUAAUGCUGGAAUGAUUAAUAAUCCCUCGAUUGCAGUCUCACCAAAUGGACCAAUUGGAAAUGUGUAA